CCUAAAACAUACGACCAGAUCACUAUUUAAUCGUCGUCUCGUUGCACUCCCUCGACUUGACAACGAACCAUGGGUGCUAGUCCCACUGUCAUCACCGAAGGCUCUGCUGCCUACACUCACCUUAUUGAUUCGAGGCCAUGGUACAGGAACAGGCGCCUUAUCAUACUGAACUUCUGGAUCAGUAUCAUGUUUGUUACGUCCUACACAUAUGGCUUUGACGGUAGCAUGAUGAACGGUCUGCAAUCUUUGACGCAGUGGAAUCAAGCGUUUGGUAAUCCUGCUGGUGGGAAGCUUGGAUUGCUCAAUGCUAUUCAAAACAUUGGGACCUUAUGUGCUUACCCGUUUGCGCCUUACAUGUCUGAUGGCAUGGGUCGGCGCUUCUCGAUUACAUUUGGUGCAAGUGUGAUGGUUGUCGCCACCGUGAUCCAGACUGCUAGUAAUUCUGUGCAGAUGUUUAUUGGAGCACGUUUCUUAAUCGGUUUCGGUCAGACAUUCGCUGCCUCUGCUGCUCCACUCCUUGUCCAUGAGGUUGCAUACCCUUCUCACCGCAAUCAGGCAAGUUCAAUGUAUGUCUCAUUAUGGUUCCUUGGGAGCAUCGUUGCGGCAUGGAGUACUUACGGCACAUUCACCAUCCAGAGCAGUUGGGCUUGGAGAAUUCCUUCUGCACUCCAAGGCGUUUCAUCUAUGAUACAAGUCUUAUUGAUCUGGUUCGUCCCCGAGUCACCACGUUGGCUCGUGAGCAAGGGAAAGGAGGAGCGUGCCCUCCAGGUUCUCGCUUACUAUCAUGCAAAUGGCAAUGCACAAGAUCCUCUUGUGCAGUACGAAUUGGAAGAAAUCAAGGCUGCCAUUGCUUUUGAUCGGGAAGUAGCUGGUAAUGUUGGCUGGCUGAGUUUGAUCAAAACUCCUGGAAACCGAAAGCGUUUGCGUCUUGCCAUCGCGAUUGUUGUCUUCUCUCAGUGGUCUGGGAAUGGUUUGAUCGCUUACUAUUUGAACAAGGUUCUCAUUGCAAUUGGAAUUACGAACCCGAAAACCCAGUUGCUGCUUAACGGUUCCCUCAAUACCUACAACUUCUUUGUUACCAUCAUUGCUGGCUUUAACUGUACCCGUGUGGGUCGACGGCCACUGCUCCUCAUAUCUUGCACCGGUAUGGUCGUCUUCUGGACCGCGCAGACGAUCUGCUUCUCCAUCCACCAAAGCACCGGUAGCAUCGCGGCUGGCAAUGCAGUCGUUGGUUUCAUUUUCCUGUUCUACACAUCUUACAACAUUGCAUUUCCACCUCUCCUUGCGUCGUGAGUCAUGUAAACUUCUGGAGUGAGACUCGUCGUGAAUUAUUCUACAAGAUACCCCAUCGAAAUUUUCCCGUAUCCCAUCCGUGCCAAGGGUUUUAUGGUGGCCAACUUCAUGAUGACUUUGGCUCUGAUCUUCAACCAGUAUGGUUCAAGCUCUUUGUCCGUUUAAAGGUCCACUCACAUUCGCAGAUAUGUCAACCCCAUUGCCCUUGAAGCUCUGCAGUGGAAGUACUACGUACGUGAGCUGUCUGACAUGUCUCCAUUCAUCCAAUGUUCUAUGUCAGCUGGUGUACAUCGCCUGGCUGUGCUUCGAACUUGUAUUCUGCUACCUCUUCAUCGUUGAGACCAAGAACCGCACUCUCGAGGAAACUGCCGC